AUUCAAUACUACAACAAGAUCUUCUUCUAGAGAUCCCCAUUUCAAGGUUCUUACCGCCAUGGAUUACGAGUACAAGAGAAAUCAUGUUCCGGCGUUUGGAAGCUGGGAUUGCAAUGACGACCUACCGUUCACUCAGUGUUUUGAGUCGGCGAGACAAGCUGGACUGCUUCGAUACAGUUAUUCUGAAGAUCGUGAUCUGUACGUCACCGGCGAUUUGUACGACAACAAUGUAGUCACUCCGGCCAUGAUUGUCGUUCCUCGUCGCACGGGGAAAGCAGGGUACCCGCAUGUGAAAGAAGGGAAAAAAGACGCAUGGGUGGUCUGUGACUAUGAAUACGACUACGAUUAUGAUUGUGACGUGAAGGAGCCCCCUAGCCCUGUCAGUGUAGCAACACCAACACCACCACCACCGCAACACCCCAGGAGGCAUGUUAAAGCCAUGGCCGUAGACGAAGAUCUGUACAGGAUCUCGCCGGAGCUCCUCCGUGCCAAACCCAAACGGAAGAAGUGGGGAUUGUUUUCAAGCUGCAUGCAGCCAACAUGUGUUAUGUGAAGACAAACUACAGCUUUCAAAGGUACAUAUGAUGAGGACAAGGCAACUAUUGUUACUAUUAUUAUAUAACAUUAUUAUUAUUAUUAUUAUUAUUAUUAUUAUUAUUACUAGAAAUAGUGGUAGACUGGACUGGACUAUGUUUUUUGUGUGUGUAAAUGGGCCUUUGGCCCAGGCCCAAAAGAGCCCUCUUAUUAAUUCAUUAUUGUCGUAGGGUAGAGUAAUGAUGAUUCAUCAUGAUGAUGGUGAUGAUCUUGAAGUUGUUUCCUGAAAAACACUUGUUGCUUUUGCUACUUUUUUUUGGGAAUCUUUCCUUGGAAUUUGGAUUUUCAUGCUUCUUGGUAA